AUGACUGUUUUUCAGAACAAGAAAUUCCGCGGCGCAUCGGACGCCGGCACAUUCGCAGCCAAAUACCGUGCUGCAAUGGCGAAGCGCCCUUUUCUCCUCUUCGGCCUACCGUUCAUGUCUGUCAUUGUCGCCGGUUCCUUUGUCCUUACCCCCGCCGCCGCUGUUCGCUACGAGAAACACGACCGCAGGGUCCGGCAGAUGACUCGGGACGAGGAGCUUGGCGUAGGGAAAGGAGGUCGCAAGGUCAAUAUGAAGGAUGAAUAUUAUAGGCUGGCUGCAAAGGAUUUAGACGAGUGGGAACAGAAGCGUGUCAAGCGACUCCCCGGAGAAAACGACGGUCUCCUCUGA